AGCCCAGGCCCCGCCUGCGGCCCAGAAUCUUUGGCGGUGUUGCCGGGGAGAUUUUUGCAGAAGGGGAAGCUGCCAAGGCAGAGAGAAGGCCUGGUUGGCUACCGUGACUUUCAGUGUUUGUGGUUUAACCCUGAGCAGCUCAGUCCACCGUCCUACACUCCUGACGCCUGGGGGUCAGUACCGACGUUGAAGUCCCCGCACCCGCGCCCCCUACAGCGGGAAGCUGAUAAAUGGGCCUGUGCCCAUGACCUUGAAGGCACAUUCUCAAGAUGUAGAUGUGAUUCCUCCCCAGAAAGUCUCCUGAGGAAACAACCCAGAGCUGGAGGAGGACGAGGACGAAAUGGCUGCUUCUCAGGGACCGUUGACAUUCAUGGAUGUGGCCAUAUAUUUCUCUCAGGAGGAGUGGGAGUGCCUGCACCCGGCUGAGCGGGAACUGUACAUGGACGUGAUGUUGGAGAACUACAGGAACCUGUGCUCCCUGGGUCUUGCUGUCUCUAAGCCAGACCUGGUUAUCUUAUUGGAGAGAAUGAAGGCGGCCUGGGAUGUGAAGCAAAAAAAGACAGUAACCAUCCACCUAGGUAGAUGGGAUAUGUCUUCUGAGGACACCUUGGACUUGUUGCCAACCCCAGGAAUAGAAGAUUCAUUCCACAAUAUGCUACUGAGUACGUGUAAUGAUGAGAGAAGUUAUCACUUCAGUGAAUCUUGGAAAAACUUUAAACAAGAGUCAGAUCCUAAUAAGCAUCAGAGAUUUCAGUUUCCAGAGAACCAUUGUACAUAUGGGAAUUACUUUCAUGAAAGCUCCAAUCUUACACAUCAGAAUAGUUAUAUUGUAGAGAAGUCAAACAAAUGCAGUGAAUAUGACGAGUCUUUGAACCAAACUUUAUAUCUUACUGAACAUGAGAAUAUUUAUACUGGAGAGGAACCUUACAAUUGUAUUUCGUGUGGGAAAGCCUUUAGUCAAUUACCCAGUCUAAAGGGACAUUGGAAAACCCAUACUGGAGAGAAGCCUUACAAAUGUAGAGAAUGUGGGAGAGCCUUUAUUCGUCGUUCAAAUCUUACUGGACAUGAUCUUGCUGUACAUAUGCGAAUUCAUACUGGAGAGAAGCCUUACAAAUGUGAACACUGUGUCAAAGCAUUUCCUCGGCAUUCAACUCUCAUGUUACAUAAGAAAACCCAUACUGGAGAGAAGCCUUACAAAUGUAGUGAAUGUGGGAAAGCCUUUACUCAGCGCUCACAUCUUGCUGAACAUACGAGAAUUCAUACUGGAGAGAGGCCUUACAAAUGUGAACACUGUGGCAAAGCAUUUACUCGGCAUUCAACUCUCACUGAACAUAGGAGAAUUCAUACUGGAGAGAAGCCUUUCAAAUGCACAGAAUGUGGUAAAGCCUUUCUCGCGCGCUCUAAACUUAUACAACAUGAAAGAAUUCAUACUGGAGAGAAGCCUUACAAAUGUAAGCAAUGUGGCAAAGCCUUUUAUUGCAAUUCACAUCUUAACAAACAUGAGAUAGAUCAUACUGAAGAGAAGCCUUACAAAUGUAGAGAAUGUGGUGAAGUCUUUGCUCAGCGUUCAACUCUUGCUUUACAUAUAAGAAUUCAUACUGGAGAGAAACGUUAUAAAUGUGAACACUGUGAGAAAACAUUUAAUCAGCAUUCAACUCUCACUGAACAUAGGAGAAUUCAUACUGGAGAGAAGCCUUUUCAAUGCAGAGAAUGUAAUGAAGCCUUUCAUCUGUGCUCUGAACUUAUACAACAUGAGAGAAUUCAUACCGGAGAGAAGUCUUACAAAUGUAAUCAAUGUGGCAAAGCCUUUGAUUGCCGUUCACAUCUUAACAAACAUGAGAUAGUUCACACUGGAGAGAAGCCUUACAAAUGUAGAGAAUGUGGNAAAGCAUUUACUCAGCAUUCAACUCUCACUGCACAUAGGAGCAUUCAUGCUGCAGAGAAGCCUUUCAAAUGCAGAGAAUGUGGUAAAGCCUUUAUUCAACGUUCAUAUCUUACUAGACAUGAGUUAAUCCAUACUGGACAGAGGCCUUACAAAUGUAGAGAAUGUGGUAAAGCCUUUACUCAGCGUUCAUUUCUUACUAGGCAUGAGAGAAUUCAUACUGGAGAGAAGUCAUUACUCACCAUUUACAGUUUACUCAACACAUAAAAAUUCAUAAUGGCGAGAAACCUCAUAAUUGAAGAAUCCAAGAAAACCUGCAGCUGGACCUACAGCCUCACUCAAUAUUAGAGAAUGCUUACUGCGGACAAAUUACAUUCAAAAUCAACAAUGAAAACCCUUUGUUCAAAAUAUAAACUUCAGAAAAUCCACAUAAUUCAUGCUCCAAAGUGACUUUAAAGAUGUAAAAUAAUGUGAGAAAAUGUUUACUCCGAAAUGAAAUCUGAAAUAUCAAAGAAUUGACAUUACAAAGCAGCCAGUACAGAACAGUUUUCAGAUAUUACUUUAAAUCA